AAAAGAAUAUAAUGGUGUAUUCUUCAAAGAAAAAUCAAAUUCAAGAGACAAGUUCUUAAAACAAAACAUUAAAAUUUAAGAUCAGAAAUCAUAAAAUAUUUAACAAAUUACGUUAAAACAUAUUGAAAUUACAUUAUUGCAUAUUUAAAAUGACUUCAGAAAUGAGUAGUUCAAUGCAAUCUCGACAAAUUGGAGAAGAGUCUGAAUUUAGCAUAUUCCAAAAUUAUACUGCUGCAGAAGUAUUUAAUUUACAUUUUUUCGGGAAAUUGAAAAAACUGAUUUUGAAAAUUUUAAAGGUUUUUAUUCAAGGGCUUGCUGGAAUAGUUAAUCAAAGUGAUGUUGAAAGUAUGAUAAGAGCGCAAAAACAUAUGCUUCAGAGAUUUGAAAAGACAAAUGAAAUGAUAGUAAAUUGUAACGCAUUAUCUGUGAAUAGACUAAAAGUUGCUAGUGAGGAUUUUAAAAAACAUGUAAAGCUGUUGAAUGAUAUGAAAAAAGAUUUAGAUUAUAUAUUUCGUAAGAUUCGCAACAUUAGAACGAAGAUUAGUCAACAAUAUCCAGAAGCAUAUGCUGAAGCGCUACCUCAACGUAAUAGCUUUGCUGAAGAGGCGGAAGAUGAUGAUGAUGUUUUAAGUGUCGUCGAAAACACUUUAACAACAAUUGCGAGUAAGCCAUCAUUAAAUUCUAAAACUCUGGAAACCGAUCAGACAACCAUCGAAUAUGUUCAAAUGGAUGAAAAUUCAGACAAUGGAAAACCGAUUGAGAAUGAGUUAAUUAAAAGAGUAUGUUCUAUAGAAAAUCCAAAUGUAAACGAUUCAUCUGAUUGCACAUCUGAGGAUACUGGCUAA